AUGGCGGUGGAGGAUCCCAUUCUGCGUGAUUGCAGCACACAUUGUGAUGUUGCCUCCACGUUAGCCCGGGACAUUCAAAGGCUCUAUAUGGCCAAUGAUGUUUCUCCCUCUUCUUACUCCAAUCAGACAGACUUCAUCUUGGAGGGAGAUUACUUAUUGGGUGGUCUUUUCCCUUUACAUGAAAUUGAACAGGAAACAACCCUGUUUUCAGCAGAGACCACCGAAUGUUUCAGGCACAUUUCCUCAAAAUCUGGAUAUCACAUGUUGCAAGUAAUGAGGUUUGCUGUUGAGGAGAUUAAUAACUCUACCACUCUUCUGCCCAAUGUUUUUCUGGGCUAUGAAAUUUUUGACUAUUGUUCUAAUACAAAAAAUUUCAAUUCAGCCUUAAGUUUCAUCUCAAAGAAUGGCUCAAUAAGACCUAAAGAAAAACUAAACAACUAUCAGCCUAAAGUGAUUGCUUUAACAGGACCAUAUGGAAGCACAAGAACUAUGACUAUUGCACCACUGUUCACAAUGGACCUUAUACCAAUGGUGAAUUAUGGAGCUUCUAGCUAUGUCUUAAGCGAUAAACAUCAGUAUCCUUCUUAUGUAAGAACAAUUCCUAUCAACAAAGACCUGAUAGAGAUGAUUAUUCACAUCAUACGGUGGUUUGGAUGGAACUGGGUUGCCUUUCUUGGUAGCCAAGAUGAUAACAGUUCAGAUGGUCUAAAGCUGUUUAACAAGUAUAUAAGCAAUACUGGCAUUUGUUUGGCCUAUCAAGAGGGUCUUAGUUCAAACGCAAACUACAGUCUAACACUUAAAAAGAUUGACAUGCUCAACAUCAAUGUUAUUGUAGUUUUUGCUUUGCCACAAUACGCAAGCAAAUUCAUCAAAGCAGCUAUAGCUAACAACAUCCAAGACAAAGUAUGGAUUGCAAGAAAUGCAUGGGCUAUGAAUCAACAGCUUCCAAGAGAGCCAGGAAUUGCAAAAAUUGGCACAGUCAUUGGCAUUGCAGAGAGACUGUUGUCAUUCCCCGGAUUUAAUCAAUUUGUUUAUAAAGCCAGAGGAACAACUGAUGUUGGCCACAAUGAUUCUGAGGGUGCAAUCAAGAGUAAGACAUGUAAUCAAGAUUGUGAUUACUGCUCAUUGUUGACUGCAGAAGAGAUUAUAAAUGAAAAUCCCACAUUCUCCUUCUCCAUCUAUGCUGCCAUAUAUACCAUAGCUCAUGCAUUACAUAAAGUUCUGCAGUGCGACAUGAAUAAACGCCACAAAAAUAAAAUGGCCAAGCCAUACAUGCUUCUGGAGGAGAUAAAGAAGUUGGAUUUUCCACUCAGUGGUCGUCAGGUGAAAUACAAAAAUUAUGAUCCAACCAUCAGUUAUGCAGUUGUGCUCUGGCGCACUGAUGUGAAUCCUCCACAGUUUGAGAUGGUGGGCACAUAUGAGAAACUUCCAGAAAUUACUUUUACCAUUGAUAACUCUCUCCUUCCCUGGCAUAACAAUGGUCCAAGAGGAAUGUUAAGCUUGAGGUGUGAGGCCACUGGCCCUGCCCGACUCAUUGUUAGCCCUGGCUCGCACUGGGCCAACAGUGGAAAAGCGGAUAGUGAGGCCUGGAAAGCCAGAGCAUGGUUGUUCACAGGAUUGCCAUCGCAGAGGAUCACAGGUAGGCAUGUUGUGCUCCCAGGGUCUCUGUCCACUGUCUUUGUCUUUCAGGUUGUGUAUGGUAUCGUUGUCGUGGAGGAUCACAG